UAGUAACCGCCUGGAUUUGAAUUUUGUUGUUUGUUUUUUAUUUUAAUUUUGUGCACUCCAACGCUCUAACGGAUAUUCUUAUUUAUGUUCUAAUUGUUUUUCUAAAAUGAAAAAUGCCAUUUAUUUAAUUGAAAUAAUUUUCUUCUAAACAUUAUUGUUUUUAUUUAUGUUCACUUGACUAUCCAUCUAUUUUUUUCAAUAAGUCAGCUUUACUAACAAUUAUUUAUACCGGAAUGUUGAAAUACAAUAAAAGAAAGAGUGGUAAACCUAAGAAAUUGUCUCAGGUUAGUGAUAAGCUCCGGUCUCCUGACACUUCUCAGUCCAACAUUGAUGAAUACUUCUCUCCUGUUGCUGCCAAUGAUGAUAAUUUAUUGCCUGAAAGCUCACUACCCUCACCUGAUGCUGCAGCUCUACCAUGUGCUACAACAUCUUGUGCUUCAGAUGUAAUUUCCAGAGCUGAGAAAAAGGAUGUUGAUUGCUCUGAAAAUGAAAUUAAGGCUCUCAAAACGAUUGCAGUUGAGCAGAAAGAGAAGAAAAACAGAGUUACAAACAGUGAUACUUCAAAGAAAAAGAAACAGACGCUUCGAAAUACACAGUUGACAGAAUUCUUUCCUGUACGGCGAAGUAAUAGAAAAACCUUUAAUAGUGUUAUGAAAGAGAAACACAAAAAUGUGGAGAAUGCCAUUUUGUGUGCAAAGGAAGAUGGAUUUGAGAUUCGAGAAUUUCCUGAAAAAGGUCGAGGAGUUGUAACUACCAAGCCACUUAAAAGAGGGGAUUUUGUUCUGGAGUAUCAUGGUGAACUCAUUGACUAUACCGAAGCAUGUAAAAGAGAGAGGCUUUAUGCUAUGAAGGAAAACACUGGUUGCUACAUGUAUUACUUUAAAUACAGAAACAAACGUUAUUGUAUUGAUGCCACUAAAGAAUCUGGUAGAUUGGGCCGACUGGUGAAUCACAGUAAAAAAGGGAAUCUAAAGACUCAGCCCAUUUUCUUGCAAGACUGUCCUCAUUUGGCUCUCUUUGCUGGCAAGGACAUUGAAGCCGGUGAAGAGCUCACUUAUGAUUAUGGUGACCGAAGUAAGGAGGCCCUGGAGUUCCACCCAUGGCUGGCAUUAUAGUAAUACAGAUUCUUGUACGAUGUGUGUUCUUGUAUAUAGUUUUAUUGCAUUUUUCCAUCUGUUUAUUCAUGAAUCCAUCACUUUUAAUAAUAAAAACAAAGUAGCUUUUACCACAA